UCGCGCGGUUCUUUAGAUCAAUCAGUCUUAAAGCCGCAGUAGCUUGUGAAAGAUGUGCCAUGAAUUUCCUUCUAUAAACUCUUAAAAACCUUUUAAAUGGAUAGUGAUCAAGAUCUAGAUACAAAUAGUUCUUUCACGUGGUUCGGCCCUAUAGCCAUCGGUGAAGAUGGGGAUGAAUAUGACGAUGAUGCCGUGAAGAUUCCCGUCAGCAUUUUACUGGUUUUAUGUUUCAUAAUCAGCGUGGUUGGGAAUGUGUGCACUUUUGCCGUCAUCAUUCGUGAUCGCUCCAUGAGAACACCUACCAACUGCUACCUGUUUAACAUCGCUAUAGCAGACCUGACUACCGCUCUGUUUAUCCCGUUCGAGAUGUAUGUCAUGUGGGCGCCUGAUGCUUACCCGUUUGGAGAAGUGGGAUGCAUCAUUCACUUUCUAGUGUGGGAAUGUUUAUCCAACUGCAGUUUGCUGACGAUAGCUGCGUUCACAGUGGAAAGAUACCUGGCGGUUUCCAAGCCUUUCCUUCGUCAUAAGCUGACUUUGAAACCCCGCGUGUAUAAAAUUGUUGCCACCAACUGGUUGGUAUCCGCCUGCUUCUGUUUGCCUGACCUGUUCCUCAUACGUUUAUACGAGAAGAAUGACCAAGCCUACUGCUACAUGACAUUGCCGUUCUUUUUAAAACUGGUGAUAGUGACCGAGAUGUGUGUGUUCUUCGUGAUGCCGAUGACUAUGAUAUUCGUGUUGUACAUACUGAUUGCAUUUAAAAUCAAAUCGAUGAAAGUGCCGAAUGGAACUAGUCCGGUGAACGGGAAGCAGUAUAGAGACAAGACCAUAAUGAUGUUGGCGGCCGUGGCGGCGACAUUCUUCUUUUGCUGGUUCCCGUUCUUCCUCCUCCGCCUCGUGCUCGUGGCUCCCAUCAAUAAGUGGGCAGACUAUGAAAGGAUGGUGCGCACUCUGCGCUAUAUAUGCCUGGUGAACGUGUACAUAUAUACGGCUGUUAAUCCCAUUCUGUACAGCCUCAUGUCUCGCAAGUUCUCACGAGCGUUCAAGGAUCUGCUCAACGGUCGAAGACGCAACACGGUGUUUUCAACGUCAACUCGCCACACUGCCACGACUGCAGUGUCCUGA